CUCUCUUUGUCUUUUUCUAUAUGGUAAGCCAGGCUGUUCCUGUAAAACAAGGUCGUUUCGUCGAGCAUUUCGACCGUCCUUUCAUACCUGAAGCGUUCCAAUCCUCUACCGAAAGCAUGAAAACCUUAUCCUCAGACAAGUCGCUCAAAUUACCUCGCUUCUUGUCCUUUGCCAGUAGCACCGUUAGUGUCGACAAGCAACAUCCAACCGCCUCGGCCGCCGCCGCUAGUUUACAUUCUUCACCCCAAACUUCGGCCGGAUCUCCUACAGUACCACAACCGCCCAGCUUGCCGGCCUCUCGAGACAGUGACCUCAACACUUCCAAUGAUCUCUUGAUCGAUCCCGGUCAGAGGCAUCCGACCACUGCGUCCAAAGCACCCUCAUCCAUCAACAAAAGCAAGCGAUCAAGAGUGAGCCUCAAUAGAGCCCAACUUAUUAUUCAAAGACUGGAUAAGUGGGUACUAUUUUUAAAGGUGGUCUAUCUUUGGUUGGAGAUGGUACGGAAGCAGCAAAAUCACAAAGGAGCAGCUUACUGCCAUCAAGCCCACGAUAUUUUCAAAGGAGACCCGGCUUUAACGAACGAUAACAGUCAAUCUGAUAAUAAACGACCAACCAUCCGUGACAGCUUGGACCUGAGCGGCCAGAAAAUACAGGAUUGUCCAUCCACUGAUGACUACCUCCGACAACAUCACUUGCCCAGUCUGAAAAAGCUACGCAAACAAUCUAAAGAUCAAGUUCAAGACCUUUUAUCCAGAUCCGAUCUGGCUUUGGAUGAACUGCUACGUCGUGCGGAAAUUACGCGAAAAACCAUGUCACAGUUAAACAAACUGUGCAAAGCAACGGACGCCCGUCGCAAAGAAUCGGUGCACGAUCCAUGGUUAGCUAACCUUUACGUUCUUCGUCAAUUGAAACGGGAAGUGGACGAAGAGAAUCGCUUGCGGCUCCUCAUGGUGCCAGUCCAACAAACCACUGCGGCGUUGGAACAAGAGAUUUUGAAGGCAUUGCAAUCCGCGCUGCAGUGGGGUUACCAACGACAGCCGGAUCAAGCGAAAUCUAUGGCUGCUCUCAUUGACAAGGUGGUGCCUAUGGCCCAAUGGAAUCAGAUAGCCACCCGAGCUUAUUACGACAUUGUUCCUGAAAAGCAGCCCACCAAAGAUUACCGUCGGAUCAACUACAACAAUAAGCAUCACCCUCUUGUGCUGACAUUACACAAAGGGAAGUUAGGACGGCGGACUGGUUUACUAAAACAGUACACGGACCAUUAUUACGUGUUAACACAGUCCGGUUACUUGUACCAAUUUCGACUCGGCGAUAAAGUAUCGCCAGAGACUUCGAUAUAUAUUCCAAAUGCUACCAUCACCCCUUCUGCUGAUCUUAACACCGUAACACAAAGCCCCACGGUUGGAGACGCGGACGAGUCAUCUCACGUAGAAUACACAUUUGAAAUUCAUCGAUCGGCAACCUCUGUAUUGCAACGCGAGAGGUCGUUCAACCUGCGUGCCGAAUCUGCCAAUGAUCUUCGACAAUGGUGCCACCUUUUGAUGCAAAUGGCGAUAAUCAAAGAUACCUCCAUGCUGAUCCAAGCAGAUACGCUAAAGUCGACCUUAUCAUCACCUGUUUCUACACCCGCUCGAGAGAAACAAGCCAUCGAAGCCACCGCUGCUUCACCAAUGACCCAAUCAAACAAUUUAGCCACCCAGACGGAGGCUCGUUCAUCGUAUGUUCGCUCUGAGGCCAACGUGGAAGAACCAUUGUCACCCAAAUCGACUGAUGAUCAGUCACAUUAUUCUUCUUCCUUUGUCGAUGCAAGAGAGGAAGAAGAAUGUGAAGAUUAUGUCAGUGUGGAAUCCACUGAGAGCUUCAACGAACCAAUUGUAUAUUAUGGCAAGCUUUCGCAAGAACAGCAGUCAAACAGUCCUCCUUUCUCUCAUCAUGUUACGCCGGCGGAAAAGCCUCGACGGUCUGAAGAGGCAGAACACACACUACCGCCCGCGGUAGAAAUGAAGCUUUCAACAAAAUCCGACAACUAUAAUUACAGAGUGAGCACCGCUACUUUUGGUGUUCCUUCCUCGACUUUGCAUGUCGUUCCACAUUCUGUAUCGACGUCGGUGGACGCGUCUGAGGAGUGUGCAUUGCAGCUGACAUCUUCCGCAUCUGAGGCCUCCUCUUCCACCAACUCCGCCACCGUUCCGUCUUUAACAACCAACACUCACCUUUCAUCCGCCACUUCUUCUCGCGCUUUCACCACGUAUCAGGCGAACUUGGCCUCCGUCACAUCAACAGAUAAUUACUCCUAUGUCAUGCCCAUCUCCUUUGGAUCUCACUCGUCCUAAAGCUCUUCUCCAUAUCUAAGAGUUGUCGAAUAAAAACAAUGCAUUUUUAGGAUCUUCAAGUUCUCAUGUUUCACUCGAAUUCAUCUGUAACCCAUUAUUCUGUAUGACCAUCGCUGCCAUCACUCGUGCUGCUGCAUGAUAUACGCUUUUAUGGAAAUAGAC